CGUGGGGGCGGCGGCAGGUGAAGGGGCAUCAUGUUUUCCGAGUAUGCCUCAAAAUUCCUCGCACAGUCGCAGUCGAGGCUAUCAAACUUUGGCCAGCCAGACAACGAUAAUACAUCUCGACAAAACGAUUGGUCUUCACGCCCAUCUCGGCCCUACCGAGACGCCGGUCGCGGAAAUGGGGGCCAGCGGUCGUUUCUUUCUAGGGGCAACCCAUAUCAGAACGGUGGCGGAGGAGGAGGAGCUGGCGGCAGCGGCGGUUCGCGUUUUGGCCAGCUCGCGUUUGGUUCUCGCAUAACAGCUGCGCAGGAUGCACCGCUGUUCCACAGCACGCUGGACGAGUUUCGGGAGGAGGAUGACGAGGAGGAGCGCGAUAGGGAGGCGGCUGAUCUCUAUGCGCUGCAGAGAUCUCGGCGGGUAGCGGCUGCCAGCAAACUGGCCGACAGCGUUGAAUCAGACGCCAAUAGUCGAGGCUCGCUUGAAGACAGCUCAAGUCAGUUCGACCACCCGUAUCGAGCCCAAGGCUUUGGCCGAGGCAUCAAGAGCAGUUGGAAUGGGACUAGGAGCUCACACCAAAUUUCCGUUGCAAGGGACACACCGUUGGAAGAGGAGGAGGGAGAAGAAGUUGAUCGCGAUAACGAGGAUAGCAGAUAUGGCGGAAGCGAUCGCGGUGGUGAUCAUGGUGAUCAUAGGGGGAACAUGGUUGAUGUUGGUCUUGGAUCGCAGGAGGACCCUGACGAGGAUCCGCCCGACUCGCUGUUUGGAGAGGCCGUCGACGGAAGUCCCCCCGCGUUCCAGCGAUUCAAAGACCACUCCGGACGAACGCCUCUGAUAUCGAGCUCUGCAAGAAGUGAUGCCGGCAUGGCCAGCACGCGACACACGGAGCCACCAGAAGUUGACCCAGCUUUGGCGGGAAACAUGUUCAUCGAAGGAGAAAUAUUCCGACACGAUCCCUUCUUCGCAUGGAUAUUCUGCAUCUGUCUCGCCGGCAUGAUGUCUACUUUUGUCCUGGUAUGGCUAAACACCUCGCCAAGGAGCAGCCCUGUGGGCGAUACCAUCUAUAUCACGCUACAAAAAUCGUUCAACAUGCUCGCGGUCGAUACCGUGGUGGCAGUAAUGGUGUCAUUUGUAUGGCUGGCGGCGCUGCGGUCCUUUGUCCGGCCACUGGUUACUGUGAUCCUAGUCGCUGUGCCGGCCAUCAUGUUUUCCUUUGCCGUCUUCUCGUUUGCGUCGUCAUUCAAGGGGCGGACACAUGGGACCAGCCUUCAGGAUAGCGUCAUGAGAUGGACAGCUGCUGUCCCCGCAGCUUCGUGCAUAUUGUGGCUGUGGCUCGUCGUCAAGGGCCGGAGAGCAAUUCAGCAAGCCAUUGAAAUCCUUCAAUUUUCCUCCAAGAUUUUGUCUCAAAAUCCAGGGCUCCUGCUGGUGGGAUUUGGCUGCCUGGCAUUAAUUGUUGUGUGGACUUGGGUAUGGCUGGCCAUGUUUACUCGGGUGUUCAUGGGCGGGUAUUUCUCAAAGUCCCUGGUUCAAUUUGUGAUUCGCUUCUCCAGCUGGUGGCUCGGCGCAGGCUUUGUCUUCAUGUAUAUGUGGACGCUGUCCGUCAUCAACGCGAUACACCGAGCGACGACUGCUGCGACUGUUUCUCAGUGGUACUUUCACCGCAACGCGGGACCUUCUACCCCCUCAAAGGAGAUUGUCCUGGCAGCCCUGAGUCACGGUACGACGACAAUCUUUGGCAGCAUUUGUGAAUCAACCCUGCUGUCCCUUCUCAUCCGGGCGCCAUUGAUUUUUCUACCCAGGAGGAUAGGCGCAAUCAUUACAAACGUCGCCUCAUUCUGGAUUCCAACGCCCGUGGUGGCUCUCACAAACCCUCUCACAAUUACUUUUGCAGCCAUACACUCUCAAGGCCUGGCCACGUCUGCCCGAGGCCUUGAUCAGAUGGAGUUUGUAUCGGCUGCAAUCCCUACUACUACGUUGACACCCAGGGCUCUACGUCUACGUGGCCAAGGGAACGGCCUGCUGCCUUACCGGCUAGCCAAGCUGCUUCUGGUCGCAACACGACUGAUUAUGGCCACAGGCCUUGGUUUCGCGGGCUGGGUCAUUACCGCAAAGCAGCUGCGAAUCCAGCUUCCAGAUGGCGUGGGUGUCCGAGGAUCAGCAUACGCAUACGUGGUUGGCAUGAUGGCUAGUUUCAUUGGGUAUUCGGUUAUGGGCGCAAUGGAAGGCAUUCUCAGCGGAAUCGUCGACGCAGUUUUGAUUUGCUACGGCAGCGAGCGACGAAUGGAAAGGGGCCAUGGACGAUUCUGUCUUGAAGCAGCGUAUCUGUUUGGCGAGCGUCGAGGAAGCGGCGAGGACCUUGGAUAUGCGUAGACAAAAGAGUUCAGAUCGAGGCUCUCUCUCCUCUUGUUCGCCUGCGUACGACGAAGGAAUCUUUUUUUUUUCCCCUUUUGUUACUAGCACGUUCUCUGCGCAUUUCCCCCCUCACCUUUUCCCCCUUGAUUUUCAUCUUCAUAUUCCUCACUGCUUACUUGCGUCUUUUUUUUUUCUCUUUUUUUUUUUGCUUGUUAGUGCAGUCUUUGAAAUCGGCUGAAUGGGAUGUUAGAUUGGUAGAACUGAAUUCUUGGAUUAUUGGAACUCAAAAAGGGUUACGCAGCGGAGAUGGCUUUUGCUACGACAAAGGCUCAAGCGAGAAUGGGCAGCAAUGAUAUCUUAUUUCUUUGAAUUUAUAUUUCGAUUAUCAGUCCUUGUACAACUGUAAUUCGUGAGGAGCAUGUCAAAUCGUAGGCACGGGUGUUAUCAACAUCCAUCAUCCCCCUUUCUGAAGGAGUCGUACUCUGUCGAUGAGGUCGAUGCGGAAUUGAUAAGGUUGUUUGAGACGUGGUCAUUCCAUGAACGGUUAGACACUUUGGCCGAGUGGUUAAGGCGAUGCCCUGCUAUCAAUUGGUAUCAUAGGCAUUGUGUUCGCACGCGCAGGUUCGAAU